AUGUGCGACGUGAACAAUCAGCUUGUUCUGAAAUCAACAUUCCUGUCGGUGCAGACCAGGCCAGCUGCAUCACGCGAUCGCGCUCGAAGUGCCCCUCCUCCGCACGGACACUCAGGAAGUGCGGGCAAGCAAGCAGAUUAUGUGGCCGGCCUGGUUCAGCGUGCUGCCGAAUUGGGCUUCCCUCAGGCUGAUACCGAUAAUGGCCAGGUGGGCCAGAUGGCGACGGAUGAAGCUGACAGGACCAUGACGAAUCCCGGCACGCUUGGACAUCCUCAGCUCUGUUGCCGACCUUGUGUGUACUUGGCAAUUGCAGGGUCCUGCAGGAAUGGUGCGUCCUGCGAGUACUGCCAUGAAGGUCAUGCAGGGCGUGUGCCCAAAUUGGACAAGCAACAGCGCCAGCUAUUCCAUGCUCUGAGUGAAGCGGACACCUUGGGGCUGUUGCUUCCUUAUCUCGCUGACAAGGCAAUAUCCAUGCCACCUGCUGCUGCAGAACUUGUGCAUCAUUUGGAGAGGUAUUUGGCAGCGUUGAACUCCACAACAGGUACUGUCAUUUCGCAUGCACGCCUGGCGAAGCUGGCACAUGUGCUGCAGAACAUGUCCUUUAUUCGAGUCCUCUGCCUAAUGCCCACUAUUUGGAGUGACGAGCUGAAGGCGCUUCUUGCAAAGCUACGCCACGAGUACCACGCAGUGCCACAGCAGCGGCAGCUUGAAUGA